UCCACAUCCGUUAGAGUUUUUGGAAACGCAAUUCAGAUCCGCAUCUCUAUCCACAAUAUUAUUAGAAACACAUACCGUAUCCUCCCUUCGAUGAAUAUCCAAUCACCCCUACAUAUAUCACCGAAUUCAGCCCAGGAGUUAAUUUAACCCAACUCAUAUCCGACAACUAAUUCAGCCCACCAACUGCCUCUUCUGUUUAGGCCCAACACGGCCCAUGUACAUGAUCUCAAAACUAAAAAUAAAGCCCAUCAAAUCCGAACCGUCCACGCAGCUGACGUCACGCUGCUCGCGCAGCCGCGGCUAUCUCGUCGACUCGUCGCCGGCGACCGCCGCCGCCGCCGCGUAGACGGGUUCCACGGAGAGAUCAGCCGCACAGGCUGAGACAUACCUGCCGUUGCCGCCUUGCCGGCAUGUCACGUCGGGGUCUCCCGUGGCAGAGCCCUGCGGGGGAGCGGUGGGACGCCACCUCCCUCGCCGGCGCCCUGAAGGCCGCCGCCGGCGUGCGCUCGGCGACGCACGUCAUGCCACUCUACGCGGUGCUCCUCAAGCUCGGUCUCUCGGCCUCCGCCAUCCUGGCCACCUCCCUCGCCCACCUCGCGCUCCGGUGCGGGCUCCCUGGCUACGCCCGGAGGGUGUUCGACGAAAUGCCCCACCGGGAUGUGGUCUCCUGGACGUCCCUCAUCACCGGCCACGCGCAUCAGGGCCUGUACCAGGAUUCACUCGCCCUUCUCCGCCGCAUGGUGAUAUCUGGUGUAGUGCCCAAUGGAUAUUCCCUGUCAGGUGCAUUGCUUGCUUGUGCCGGAAUUGGGCCAGGCGCUCUCGCUGCUGGGAAGGAAAUACAUGCCAGGGUUGUCAAGAUGAGUUUGCAUGGGUCGGUUGAUGCGGUUGUGGAGAAUGGGGUUCUCGACAUGUACACGAGAUGCGGGAAAAUCGACUAUGCGAGGAAAUUGUUUGGGGUGAUGCUGGUGAGGGACAUUGUUGCAUGGAACUCGAUGAUGGCUGGGUGUCUCAGGAGUGGGCAGGCUGAGGAGGCUCUUGGUUUAUUCUCGUCGAUGGUGUCUUCUGGGGUUGACGCAGAUGGCUUCUCGUUUGCCAUAUCUGUGGAUGCAUGUGGGGAGCUAGCAUUGUUGAAGCAAGGGAUGCAAGCACAUGCACGGGUAAUUCGCGGUGGAUUUGAUUCAGAUGUGGUCGUCAGGAAUUCCUUAGUGGAUAUGUAUGCAAAAUGUGGGUGUGUUGAUUCAGCAGGGCUUGUCUUUAGGGAUGCACUGUCGUCGGAUGCUGUUCUUUGGACCACAAUGAUCUCAGCUUAUGGCAAGUUUGGCCGUGUACAUGAUGCAAUCUGCAUGUUUGAUAGGAUGUCACAAUUGGGAAUAAAACGAGAUGGUGUCGCAUAUCUUGCAGUGCUAUCAGCUUGUAGCCAUAGCGGACUUGUGAAAGAAGGCUGGAACUACUUCAAGUUGAUGUUUCAUGGUCAGAACUCAGUUAAGAUGCAGCCUGAGCACUAUGGUUGUAUGGCAGAUCUCUUAUGCAGGAGCGGUUACCUAGAAGAAGCUCUUGAUUUCAUUACAAAUAUGCCAUUUGAGUCCAGUAUUGCUGCUUGGAGUGCUCUACUCAAUUCAUGUAGAAUCCACGGGAAUGCUAAACUUGGUCAACUUGCGGCAUCCCGUCUGGUCCAGCUUGAUCCAGAGAAUCACAGCAACUGGGUUGCUCUAUCAAAUGUACAUGCAUCGGAAAGCGAUUGGCAUGAGACCUGGAUGAUCAGAGAGAGCAUGAGCAUAGAGUGUGUGAAGAAAGAGCCUGGAUGUAGUUGGGUUGAGUUGCAUGAUGGAGUCCAUGUCUUUCUAAUGGCUGACCAAUCUCAGCCUGAAUUAGUUGAUGUAUUGCAGACUCUUGAUUCACUAAAAGAGGAUAUAUAUUGGUUGAUGCCUACAUGAGGUCCAUAAGGACCACACUGUGGGUAAUUUCUUAGCUA